AUGGGACAGAAAGAGACAGAGGAGAGUGAGGGAGCCAUGGGGAGGCAGAGACGGAGAGGAAAGGAGAUUCCGAGAAAGCAGGAGGCCCGGAGAAGAGACGGGCAGAGAGAGACGGGAGGACGAAGCUGAGACGCGGAGAGACGCACAGGGCAGCGCGAGAGAGAUGGAGACCCCCAGACAGACGGAGAGAGAGACAGAUGCCGGGAGGUGACCCCCAACGGCCGGGGACCCUCAGGGAGUCAGCGGGGACCGAGGGACGCAGACGCCCAGGCAUCCUGACAGAGAGGUUCCGGGAGGGAAACUGAGGCAGAGAGUCCCCCCCCCCGCCCCAGGAGGUGUUUGCUGCCUGGUCCUGGUCGCCCUGAGCCUGUGGCCGGAUAGAGCUGCUGCCCCGGGGCCACCUCCUGGCCCCCCGCGGGCCUCCCCAGACCCUCGGGCUGAGCUGGACAGCGCCGUCCUCCUGACCCGCUCCCUCCUGGCGGACACUCGGCAGCUUGCGGCGCAGCUGAGAGACAAAUUUCCAGCCGACGGAGACCACAACCUGGACUCUCUUCCCACCCUGGCCAUGAGUGCAGGGGCGCUGGGAGCCCUACAACUCCCAGGUGUGCUGACACGGCUGCGAGCGGACCUGUUAUCCUACCUGCGCCAUGUGCAGUGGCUGCGCCGGGCGGGGGGCCCUUCCCUGCGGACCCUGGAGCCGGAGCUGGGUGCCCUGCAGGCCCGGCUGGACCGCCUGCUUCGCCGGCUGCAGCUCCUGAUGUCCCGCCUGGCCUUACCCCAAGCACCCCCAGACCCACCAGCUCCCCCGCUGGCCCCCCCGGCCUCUGCCUGGGGAGGCAUCAGGGCAGCCCAUGCCAUUCUUGGGGGGCUGCACCUGACCCUUGACUGGGCCGUGCGGGGCUUGCUGCUGCUGAAGACUCGGCUGUGACCCGACACCCGGAACCACCAACGUCCUUCGAUGCCACAUCUUAUUUAUUUAUUUAUUUUGGGACUGGGGGCACAGCAGCAGGAAAACACCCCCUCCUUCUCUCCCCCUAAUUCGAGACGGUCCCUCCAGGAGAGCUGGGUGGAGUGGGGG